AUGCCUUCCAUUCUGGAUGUGAACCUACCUUCCAUUACCAUUCCAAAUUUAAGAAAGUCGAUAACACUCACUCGAAGUGUGACAAAUGUUGGUCCUGUCAACUCAACAUAUAAAGCUCAAAUAGACCCUCCACCAGGCAUUAAAGUAAGUGUAAAACCAGAUACAUUGGUUUUCAACUCCACAGUUAAGACAAUCUCCUUCACGGUAGCAGUUUCCACCACCUACCAAGCGAACACAGCAUACUUUUCGGAAGCCUGA